GUUGUGGUCCGAGAGCAGCAGGUGUCUUCGUCCGGCUGCCUGGACAUGCGUGUCUGCGUCUGACAGAGCGCGUGUGUGUGUGUGUGUGAUUGAGACUGUGUUGUGUUCCUCAGACGUCUGAGACAUGGCGUGUCUUCUGCGCUGUGUGACGUGCUGCUCUGUGCAGCGGCCGGGGAGACGAUUCUUCCAGACCUUCCCUGUUCUGUACGAUCAACAGGCUGUUAAAGGUGUGCGAUAUAAAGACGUGCUGGUGGGCGUUCCUAAAGAGAUCUAUCAGAAUGAGCGGCGGGUGGCCGUGUCGCCCGCGGGUGUGGAGAUGCUGGUCAAACAGGGCUUCAGGGUGCAGGUGGAGUCCAGCGCUGGACGUGAAGCUAAGUUCUCUGACGAUCAGUACCGGGCCGCCGGAGCCCAGAUCACUGACACCAAGGGAGCGUUUGGAUCAGAUCUGGUCCUGAAGGUUCGAGCGCCGGUGUUUAACGAGGGUUUACGGAUGCAUGAGGCUGACCUCCUGAAGCCCAGAUCCACACUGGUGAGCUUCAUCUACCCAGCGCAGAACCCCGAGCUGAUGGACAGACUGAGCACACAGCAGUGUUCGGUGCUGGCCAUGGACCAGGUGCCUCGGGUCACCAUCGCACAGGGAUACGACGCGCUCAGCUCCAUGGCCAACAUCGCCGGGUAUAAGGCCGUGGUUCUCGCCGCCAAUCACUUCGGAAGGUUUUUCACUGGGCAGAUCACAGCGGCGGGAAAAGUUCCUCCGGCGAAGGUAACUAAAAACUAA